AUGUUAACAGCAAAAAUAAUGUACCAUGAUUCUCGUUGUGACGCUCCCAUUGAAGUGGUGAUACCGGCGAGGGCAAAUAAUUUGAUAAAUAACAACACGGAUUCAUUGCUCAUCAAAGAGUCGGGAAAAUUGACCUGCUAUUUAGAUGAUAAGUCACUGAGCGAGUUGGCUCAGCAAAGUAUUAUCUACAUUUGUCCCACAGCCAAAUCAUCAAGUGUAACCCAAGAGUUGGAGCAAAAGAUCACUCAAUUGAUUGAAGAGGUGUCGGCACUAAAGGCGAAGGAGUAG